AUGGGACGACAAAAGCAAGCAGCGCCGCUCCAGAGAGCCCCCUCUUCUCAAUUGAUGAAUCUCUCAGAAGAGUCCGAUGUGCCACAAAAUUAUAGAAGUGGCAAUAAAGACACACCAUCUACCAAUGGAAGCGUGUCCGGAAAAGCACCACCGGCCCUGGAAACAGUCGCCGACAGCCCUGGGCUGUCCCAACUUGUGAUUUGCGUCCUCGGUAUAUAUGCAGCAUUCCUUUCAUGGGGUGUAUUACAGGAGGCAAUCACGACAACCACCUAUCCCAUUCGUCCUGCAACCACCGCGGAGCCAAAUCCUCCAACAGAGCGAUUCACCUACUCGCUGGUGCUUAACACGGUCCAGUCCUCCUUUGCGGCCAUUACCGGCUUUACAUACCUUCUGUUCUCAACUCCGAGCGGCAAGAAUAUCCCAUCUAUUUUCCCCACACGCCGGAUCCUCUUCCCCCUGCUUCUAGUCGCUAUAUCCUCGUCACUUGCCUCACCAUUCGGCUACGCUAGUCUCCAACACAUCGACUACCUGACCUUCAUCCUUGCCAAAUCAUGCAAGCUCCUCCCGGUCAUGGUCCUGCACCUGACGAUCUUCCGCAAGCGAUACCCACUGUACAAGUACGGUGUUGUCUUGAUGGUCACCCUCGGCGUUGCAACUUUCAGUCUGCACCACCCAGGAACUAGUAAGAAAGUCGCUGCCAAGGAUCAGGCUGGAUCCUCCGGCUGGGGUAUCUUCUUGUUGUCCAUCAACCUCUUGUUGGAUGGCCUGACCAACACCACCCAAGACCACGUCUUCUCCUCGCCUAAGCUGUACACCCGCUUUACUGGGCCCCAGAUGAUGGUCGCUCAGAAUAUUCUCUCGACCGCUCUGACUUCUGCAUACCUCCUAAUCAUGCCGCAUCUCUCACAGAGCGGGAUUUUGCAUAACCUCCUGCCCUUCCCAAUUCCCCCGUCCAAUGAGACUGAGCUGUAUGGGGCCAUCUCUUUCCUCUCCCGCCACCCAGAGGCGCUGAAACAUGUCCUUGGAUUCGCGGCAUGCGGCGCUAUCGGCCAGCUUUUCAUUUUCCACACCCUGUCUCGCUUCUCUUCACUGCUGCUUGUCACCGUCACCGUUACCCGCAAGAUGUUGACUAUGCUCCUGAGCGUUUUCUGGUUCGGACAUUCUCUGUCUAGUGGCCAGUGGCUGGGAAUCAGUUUGGUUUUCGGAGGCAUUGGCGCCGAAGCCGUGGUCCAGAGAUCGGAGAAGAAGGCGAAAGAGCGGUUGAAGAUUGCAGCUGCUAAGAAGGAAUUGUGA